AGGAGGAGAAAAGGAGGGGGACACCCACAGCCUCCACUCUUUGUCUGAAUCCCGCCGUGUCCAGCAGAGAGCACACACAAAACCACACGACGCCGCACAAGGAUACGAGCACCUUCAUACCGAGAAGUGAAGACAACGAAUGGGUUGAGCGGGGACUCCUCUGUACGUUUUUUUUUUUUUGUGGGGACAUUUUUUUUUUAAAAGAAGAAAGUCAGUCCGGCGAAACAGCAGCAUCGGAAUCACAAGAACUGAAAAGACCAGAGCUGUUUGAAAGUCAAGAUGAGUUGGAGUUUCCUCACACGUCUCUUGGACGAGAUCUCCAAUCACUCUACGUUUGUGGGCAAGAUCUGGCUGACACUGCUAAUUGUGUUCCGUAUCGUGUUGACUGCGGUGGGCGGCGAGUCCAUCUACUAUGAUGAGCAGAGCAAAUUCGUGUGCAACACGCAGCAGCCCGGUUGCGAGAAUGUGUGCUACGACGCCUUUGCGCCGCUGUCGCACAUCCGCUUCUGGGUCUUCCAGGUGAUCAUGAUCACCACGCCCACAAUUAUGUACCUGGGUUUCGCCAUGCACAAGAUCGCUCGCAUGGAGGACGUGGACUACCGGCCACGGGCCCGCAAGCGCAUGCCAAUCGUGAGCCGCGGCGCCAACCGCGACUAUGAAGAGGCCGAGGAUAACGGCGAGGAGGACCCAAUGAUUCUGGAAGAGAUUGAGCCUGAAAAGGACAAGGAGGCGGAGGAGAAGCCGAGUAAAAAACACGACGGGCGGCGCCGAAUCAAGCGGGACGGCCUCAUGAAGGUGUACGUCUUCCAGCUGCUAUCACGCGCCAUCUUUGAAGUGUCCUUUCUGUUCGGGCAGUACGUGCUGUAUGGCUUGGAAGUGUCACGGUCCUACGUUUGCACCCGGUCCCCCUGUCCGCACACGGUGGACUGUUUCGUCUCGCGUCCCACCGAGAAAACCAUCUUCCUGCUCAUAAUGUACGCGGUCAGCGCCUUGUGCCUGCUUUUCACUGUCCUGGAAAUCCUACAUCUUGGUAUCAGCGGCAUCCGCGAUUGCUUCUGCACACCCCGGGCGCGUCCCCCCACCCCUCGACACUCUGCGCUGGCCAGUCAGAGAUCCUCCAUCUCCAGACAGCCUUCAGCACCUCCGGGCUACCACACGGCGCUCAAGAAGGACCCCUCGGGGAAACUGGCUUUUCGGGAUAACCUGGCCGACUCGGGCCGAGAGUCGUUUGGCGAUGAGUCUUCCUCGCGGGAGCUGGAGAGGCUGCGCAGGCACCUGAAGCUGGCCCAGCAGCAUCUGGACAUGGCCUACCAGAAUGAAGAGCUCAGCCCUUCACGCAGCAGCAGCCCAGAGUCCAACGGAACAGCGGUCGAGCAGAAUAGACUCAACUUUGCCCAGGAGAAGCAGACCGGCGCGUCCGACAAAGGUAUGCGAGCUUAAGCCGUCCACGCCAUCCUAGCUGACGGAAACUGGAGCUGACGCAGAUCAGUGAUUGUUUACCAAGGAAACCAACCGGAAUUUGAAAGUUUGUUUGUCUGUAUGGAUGAGGCGUGGUGAUUCCUCCAACUUGAGGUGUAUGAAGUCAGCUCGAAGCAAUCUCAGUGUUAUGGGCAGUCCAAGGUCCAAAAAGGAGGAGAACAGUGGUCUCAACCUGACAUUACUUGAGACAAAUGAAGAUCCAAAGUGCGUUUCUCAAAGAACGGUUAUGUCUCCCUCAGGGCAGCUACUUUUUUUCCCUUUAAUUUUCAUAUAUAUAUAUCUAUCUUUGUUAUAUGAGAGUUAGAUUUAGUCACAAUUUAAGAGUUGGAACUGUUGGAAGUUCAGUCUAAUGCAUCUCAGUUUGAGAACUGGAAUUCCACUUUUGUUGGGGGGGCGGUAAACCAGGAAAAGUGCGACUGGUGAGAGAGCUUCUUGGUUGGAGCAUCUCACAUAAAACAGGUACUGGACGAAUGAUUGCAUCAUACAAAGGCUCCUGUGUGUUUUGAUACUGUUUUUUGUUUUUUUAUUUUUUGGCAACGUUGCACCAGCUAUGCUAACACUCUGGAGGUGCCUCUGUCCAAAGACAACCUGGGUAAUGCUUGAAAAACACGGAACUCUUAAUAUUGUCCUUUAUUUUAUCUAUAGUCUUGUCAAAAAAGACGCAUUUUUUUAUAUGUAUAUGUAUAAAUCACUGCUGUCUUAGCUCCUAAAUGCCUGGUUGAAUCUGUGGGAUGGGGCACAUUUCGACGCUUUUGGUACAAUAGAAUUUUUUGGUUUAGUUUUUUUGCCUUUAAAAAAAAAAUCGGUACUCAGCACACAUUUGUUUUCUUAAAAAAAAAAAAAAAGGGAUAUUGUCAAUGUUGCUGAAAGACUUGUAAACCUCGCAAUCAUAUCAAUGUGAAUCCAAUGCCUUUUCAUUCAUUUUGUAUGUGAAGUACCCCCACUCAGUGCCAUGUUGUGCCGACUCAAAUUCAGUCAUCUCGAUGUAUUUUUUGAAUAAUACUUUUUGUAAGUUUUUAUAUCUUUUUUGUAAUGAUAGUUUUUGGGAUUGGUUUUUGUAAAAUAAAAUCUUUGCAAAGUAAUGUGUUUACAGU